AUGAAAUUGAAUGAUAAUGAUGAUCCAAGAUCGUCGUACCAACCUCAAGACUUGCACAACAACACUCAUGAUGGUUGGAGGGAAUUGAAUGCUUGUUGUUGGGAGGACGACUCACGAUCCGAUGUUGUCAAAAUUAUUUUAAUACAUUUAUUGCCGAAACGACAGGCCACAAGAAAUAAUGAUGAAAACCAUCAUGACGAAUUCAUGAAUGAGCCAAAUGGAACCAAUGCCUAUGAGCUGAUUGAAAAAUUAAUACAAAAGAUGAGAACAGUGAAGAGAAGAGCUCAACCAUUUUCCAUGAAUUUUGAACUUGUACAUACAUUCGGACGAUUUGGAGUUUAUGGCACUGAUUCACAUCUAUUUCAUUGUCCCUUUGAUGUCAAAAUAUCGUAUUCUCAUUCGUGUAUUUUAAUUUCUGACACUCGUAAUUCUCGAAUAAUGGUUUUUGAUCUACACACGAAAGAAUUCCGUACAUCUAUUCCAAGUCCUUCUAAAUAUCCUCUCUUUUUAUGUGUCGAAGAAAAUUAUGAUGGUAAAAACAACGAUGCCCUAAUUUUUGGAUGUGAAAAUUUUGGAGUUUACAAAUAUGAUUUGAAUGAGUUGUUAGAAAAAUCUCCAAAUAUGGAGGCAUGUAAUAGCAUUUGGAUUUCUCAAAUUUUUGUUUCUCCUCAAGGAAUAGUGUUAUUGAGCUCUAAAAGUCAUGCAUAUAUUUGCGAUUGGGACGAGCAUAACAUGAAAAUUUUGAAUGUAAAAACAGGAGAGCUAGUUCAAAGUAUGAAAGUUCAGAGUCCAUAUGGUAUUGAUUUUAGUGACGAUGGCGAUAUCAUAAUAAGUGAAACUUUUCCUUCCCACAAAAUUCAAAUAUUUCGCAUGAAUGAAAAUAGAGAUAAUUGGCAAUGUAUAAAAUCAUUUGGAAAGUACGGACAGCUUAAUGGAGAAUUUGAUCACCCUUUUGCAUUGGUUUUUGAUAAGGUAGCAAAGCAUAUCAUUGUUAGCGACAAUCACCGAAUUCAAAUUUUUGAAAAAGAUGGCUCAUUCUUAAAGUCGUUUGGAGAGGAGAAUUCAAGAAUGAACCAAUUUUCUGCUGUCACAGGCAUGUGUUUGAACGAGUUAACUGGAGAAUUAGUGAUAUGUGACAGCUUAAAUCACCGCGUACUUAUUUACAAAUAG